AAUUUAAUAGUAGAGGUUGCUACCCAACCGUGACCGACGAUAAGUCUAUUCCUAAUCCCAUCCUUAUUUUUUUCUACCCCAUUCUUUUUACUAUGUGUUAUGUUGUGUUUUUAGAAUUAGUCACUUUGGAACAUUUUCUUUUCGAUUGAGGAUUCCAAAACGUUUUAAUCGUCCAACACCUAAUGACAGGGAUGACGAGGAAUCGUACAGACAUGCUAUCACUUUUUCUGAAAGGUUUCAUGAUUCAAUGAAUUUAAUUGUGACGUUAUUCUUCGAACAACGACUAUUGUUAUUGACGACUAUUGUCAUCAAUUUGAUUAGAACAGAAACUAUGACAUUAGUCAAGCACGUGUCGAAUUAAUUCGUGAUUGGUUGGCUGAAAGAGUCAGUAUUGUACGAAACAAAAAUUUUAUUUCAAAUUUGGAACGUGCAAAACAAGCUGGACGUGCCCUUCCGUUAGACGUUAAAACUGGUGGUGUUAAACUUUAUACACCAACAGCUGCUCGUAUAACAAAAGAUCCAUUAGAUGGUAGAGGAUCAAAGGCAGAUAAAGAUGAGGAACAACAAGAUAAUGGUACAGCGGCAACCAAAAAACAAAAGACAAAACCACCAAAUCAACGUUCAUCACCAGAUGUUACACGUAAAGUAGCUGAAGAAAGAAAAAGUGCAGCAUCAGCAGCAAGUCAAAACAAUUAA